CACACCGAACUCCUGGGGCUCAUUUUGGAGGAGAGGAAGAGUAUGAUCUUUUCUGGCCAAGGUUGGAGAACUCUGGGAAUCUCUAAGUUAGAACUAGAGCUGCGUCUGCCCCUGCCCACCCUUGACUUCCUUUAGGGUCUCAUGGAUCGUCCCCCAGCUAGGCACAGACCUAGACCCAGGGGAACUAACUACCCAGAAAUCCAGUCACCCUGGUUACCUUCUUACACUGCUGCGGUUAAGAUCCUGCUUCAACUCUUUGUCUAUGUGGCUGUUGUAUUGUUUAGCUAUGCUGAAGAGCUGAUUUCCAGGAGGAACAAUGAUAAAGAAAAGAAAUCUGAAACUGCUGUCCUCCAGGCAUGCAGCAGCAUCAAGGAACAAGAGCCCAUUGAAAACAGCAGCCUUAGCCAAUGCCAGCCACCUAACCAGCUGGAGCAGUUAAAGGAUUAUGUAGAAGAGGAUGGUCUUCAAGGGGAUGUUAAGACAUGGAAGUUGAAGGUACUGGAGCAUGGCGAGGACCCCCUAGUCAUGCCAUCUAAAGGCUGGACCUGCCACCAAACAUCCAACUUCAAGUUGAUCCGAUUGGAAGAUAUUAAUACAGCAGCCUCCCAGAUCCAGAAGGGUGUCCAGGUCACUCCGUGCACGUACUCUAGACUGUCCAAGAAAUAUGGCAUGGAGCUCUAUCUAAAGAAGGAAUUUCUUCAGUACACAGGCUCGGUGAAGGAUCGAGGAGUACUCUGUCUCUUGGCCUCUCUCCAUCAGGACCAGCAGAGGAAGGGAGUGAUCGUUGCCUCGGACAGCAACUUCUCCAUGGCUGUGGCCUACCAUGCAGCUGAACUCCAGAUCCCAGUGUUUGUCAUCAUGCCCACCAAUACCUCUGUGACGAGGGUGAGGAUGUGUCGGGACUAUGGUGCCGUGGUGAUCACCUUUGGUGGGUCGGCCAAGGACUCCCGGAGCCAUGCCCAACAGCUAGCCCAGAAGAAUGAUUACCUCUACCUGGAGGAGGAAGACAAUUUUGAAUACCUUUCUGGUCUGGGCACUAUGGGAUUGGAAAUCUUCAGGCAGGUACCAAACCUGGAUGCGGUGGUGUUCCCUGCUGGAGGCCCUUGCGGACUUCUGGCAGGCUCUGCAGCUGCACUGAAGCAGCUCAACCCCCAAGUCUCUGUGAUUGGUGUCCAACCUGAAAGUUUCCCUGUUCUAAAACAUUCUCUGAAGAUGGGACAUCCAGUAGAGAGCCAGACCUGGGGUGGCCACAUGUUCUAUAGAGACCUGAGUGAGCCAUGCUCCAGGAAAAAUACCCUGCAGCUGGUGGGGGAGCUUGUGGACAAGAUUGUCACAGUGACGGAAGAAGACAUUCUGAUUGCUAUGCUGAGGCUGCUGGAGUAUGAGAGAGCCACAGUAGAUGCAGAAGGUGCCAUUGGUCUAGCUGCUAUUGUGUCUGGGAAGUUACCAGAGUUGAAGGGCAAAAGAGUGACUGUGGUCGUGUGCAGUGGAAACCUCAGUCUGACCCUUCUACAGCAAUGCAUUCAGAGGGCCCUGACCCUGGAUAACCGGACCUGCAAGUUUUCUGUUUGGCUGCAUGACAGUGCAGGGGACAUUGCCAAGCUGCUGGAGAUCCUAGACCGAGAAACAGUAAGGGUGCUGGACAUUCAGAAGGAACAUGGGUUUGUGACCUCUAAGCUUUUCAUGACAAAGGUCACCUGUGUUGCUGAGACCAGAGACAAACAACAAGCAGUUCAGCUCCAAACUGCUCUCUUAGAACGCUACCCGUCCCUGGAGUGGACACAGCAGUGAGGUGGAGUUACGUUACCAACACUAGAUACAGUAGCGUCUUUAUCCAUCCAAAGAAGCCCCUGUGGUUAUAGACCCCUGGUGGCCAGCGUGGGAGGGGAGGGGUGGGCUUGUGAAAGGUAGUGGCAAAAAAAAAAAAAAUGCUUUGAGGGAAAAUCCAUAGAGUGUAAGUCAGAAGAAGGCAGAGACCACAAUAUGGUAGAGUGACAAAACACUCCAUUUGGAAUCAGAGGUGUUGGGUUCUAAAUCUGGCUCUGUUAUUUCCACUUGUGACUAUUCUAGGAGAGUCACAACCUCUGUGGGCCCGAAGUUCCUGAACUGUAAAAAUAAUAUUUGAGAUGUCAAUUCAGAUUAGACUAAGGGUGCAUAUACACGUUUGAUUUCCUGCAGCACCUCGUGUAGUUCUCUGCCCACAGCAGAAUCUUAAUAAAUGUUUGUUGAUUGAA